CCUGCAUACAUCUCCCUCUUUUUGGCCUGCCCAUAUUCCCUUCACAUGUGCACAUUCUGUCUACCCUGGGCCUUGUAAUGGUAAUCCAAGGCCCCGCUAGCACCACUCCUGUCUCUUCCUCUUGCUUUUUUGUUUUGUUUUGUAUUUUAUUUGUGACAACUACGUGUUUCAUGGUGAUCCCCGCCACCACCCCUCCUCCUGUCAUGGUUACAGAAUCACAGCAAGCUUGGAGUUUCUGGUUGUCAUUUUGUUACUGCAAGAUUUCCAUACUUGUUCUGUGUCACUUUUCUUUGUUUACUAAGCUCUUGCUCUGUAGUGGUUCAUAUAUAUCUGUGUGUGUGUGUCGAUGUGUGUGUGCGCGUGUGUUUGUGUACUUGUACGUGUACAUACGUACGUACAUGUGCGCGCUUGUAUGUGAUGCAUACAUUGCCCUCCGUCCCCUUCCAACUUCUAGUGAUCAAUGCCAUUGCCUUUAAAUGGCUGUUCACACACUCCCACAUUAGGAUUGAUUUUACUGUGCAGACUACACAUAGCCUCAUUUAAUAGUAGAAAACCCAGCGCCCCCUUAGCCUCCCACCCUUAUAUCCCAACACUUGUGCUGGAAGACACUGAUGUACGCUUUGUAGUUGAUGUGGAUGACGUUAAUAAUGACGGUGGUGGUGGUGGUGGUGGCUGUGCUGAUGAUCGUGUGAGCUGAGUGCAUUGUUUAGUUGUGUGAACCGUGAUUCCACGGGGAGGGAAAAGCUCCUCUUAUUAUUGGAAUAUUUCUGGUUUCUCUCCUCUCUCCUGUUUGCUAGGACAACAUUGGGCACCGGCUGCUUCAGAAACAUGGCUGGAAGUUGGGCCAGGGCCUUGGCAAAACCAUGCAGGCGAUUUGAUCCUGCCCAUGUUGUGCUGAUGGUAAACUUAGUGGACGCACGGACCCCGUGCCCAUUAUUCUUAAAUAUGAUGUCAUGGGGAUGGGAAGAAUGGAGAUGGAGAUGGACUAUGCCGAGGAUGCCACAGAGAAAAGAAGAGUUCUUGAAGUGGAGAAGGAAGAGACAGAAGAACUACGUCAGAAAUACAAGGAUCAGAUCGAAAAAGAGAAAGCAAUCGCAAAAGCCCUGGAGGACCUGAGGGCUAAUUUCUACUGUGAGCUAUGUGACAAGCAGUACACCAAACACCAGGAAUUUGACAACCACAUCAAUUCUUAUGACCAUGCUCACAAGCAGAGGCUAAAGGAGCUCAAGCAGCGGGAGUUUGCUCGGAAUGUGUCGUCGCGUUCCCGCAAAGGUGGAAAGAAGCAGGAAAAGAUGCUGCGUCGUCUACACGUGCUGGCGGAACAGAGGAAACAGCAGGACCGGACUCCAGGAAGUGGGCCCAUGUUCAAAACCACCACCGUGGCUGUAGAUGGCGAGAAGGCCGAAGAUGGAGACAUCUUUGCCCCUAAAAGCGCUGCCGUGACAGAGACUGCCUUGGAGGUUUGUGUUGCAGACAAAAGUGAACAAGCCUCCCCUAAGCCCGCACCAACAUUUAGCUUCUCCCUGGGGAAGAAGAAGAACUGUUCCUCGCCUGCCCCCAGCGCAUCCUCCAAAGUCAGCGUGUCCUUCUCCUUCGCCAAGAAGGCGCCGGUGAAGUUGGAGACAGCAGCCGCAGUGUUUACUGAUCCCGGCGAGGAGGUCAUCGAAGGAGAGGACGGUGAGGAGGGAGAAAAGGCGGCAGCGCAGGAUGAAAUGUCCGCCUGCAACACUGAUAGCCCCAAAGGAGGCUUACGGGAAAGUGAUGUAGAGUCCAGCAGUGCGACCGGGACAGAGGAGGCACAGCAGUCAAAUGACGGAAGCUCGCUGGCUUCCACGCUCAACAAGCUGAAAAUGAUGAUGAAGAAGGAGGAGGACUACUCAGGACAGGAGCCUCAGUACUACCACUACAUGCCCCCAGCGCACUGUCGCGUGAAGCCCCACUUCCAGUUUCUGCUCUUCAUGAAGGCGUCUGAUCAGAGUCAGAGUAAAGAAGAGGAAGAGGAGGUUGAGGACAGUUCUCACGAGACAGAGUCCAACGUUGUAGAGUGCAACAAUGAAGAAGACGAUGCCACCACUGCUUCAACCCCUGAAGCUCAUAAAACUCCUCCGGACUCCAAAGUGAAGGAAGACGACAACACUUCAUGCGCGGUAGAGACAACUCCCAAUCUUACUGCUUCCCCCAAGCAGAAAGAAGAAAGCCCACCACCACCAGAGGCUUUGGACUCCAACUUGGGUCCCAAGAUCCCCGUGGGUCCUUUCUUCCCUGUGUUGAGUAAAGAUGAGAGCACCACACUGCAGUGGCCCUCUGAGCUCCUUGAGUUUACGAAAGCGCAACCCUCCCUGUCUUACAGCUGCAAUCCUCUAUACUUUGACUUCAAGCUGUCUCGUAACAAAGGUGUGCACCCUGGAAAGGCUGCAAAGUCUCCAAAGCCUUGCGAGCAGCCUGACAAAGAAAAGCAGAAAGAGAUAUCCGCCUCAAAACCAGAACCAGCUGCUAAAACAGUGCUCAACAGCGACGAGGCCGUCACGAAGGUCGAGCGUGGACAAUCCGAAGGCGACGAUCAAAAAGUGGCAACAAGGGACGGUAGCGCCAAGAAGAAGAAGAAGAAAAAGAAGAAGAAAAAGAAGCACAAGAAGUCGACAAAGCAUUCGAAGCGCAAAGCGAAAGACAAAGAUGCAGAGGGCGAGACUGAGCCAAGUCAAGACACUCCCAAGAAGAAGAAAAAGCACAAAAGAAAGAAGAACAAGAACAAAGCAGCAGAUCAACAAGAGGCUGCAGGUGAUGAAAAGGAGAAUGCCAAAGUAAAGUCUGAAGAUAAACCAGAUCCUUCCUCAGUGCAGGCUUUAGCUGGAGGAGUUGUAGAAACUGGGAAGAGGAAGCGGGCUAUUAAGCGUCCACCUAGCAAGUCAGGAGUGGAGGAAGGCAGCACGGGAAAAAGCUUAGACAAGGCUAUUGCCUCUGAGGAGCAUGGCAGCAACAAGCGACUAAAAACAGACUCCAGUCUGUCCCAGAGUGCCUCUUGUUCCACCUCUGCUCAAAAGAUCCCUGGUCCAGGAAGACCUCCCAGCAGCGAGAGCGAAGAGGAAGGCGGUUCCACCAACCAGCAUUCACGCCAUCACAGGUCAAGUCCUCGGGAAGCACGCCGUCACCAUAGCGAGGAGUCAAGGCGCUCCUGCAGCCACUCAUCGAGACAUGGAAGCAGCCGUCGGCGGCAUCACCGCGGCAAAACCUCCCAGAGUCGCUCUUACUCCAGCAGCUCUGAGCGCUCCUCGGCAGGGAGCAGCGCCUACAGCCACCGGAGCCACAGCUACUCUGACAGCUACAGCGACUACAGCACGGAGGGGCAUCAGCGUAGGCACUCCAAACGCUCGUCAGACUCCGACUAUGAGAGGCGGGGCAGCCGAGGGCACCGGCAGUCCAGGCGGCGCCAAUACUCCUCGUCCUCCUCUGACGAGUCCCGCUCACGGUCGCGCAGCUACAGCCGCAGGAAGCGACAUCGGCGGCACCACCGCAGCACCUCCAGGAGCUCCAGUAGCUGGAGCCGCAGCACCAGCGCAAGGUCCUGGAGGCGCAGCUAUAGCCGGAGCCGCAGCUCGGGUAGCCGUUCGUCCAGCUCCGCCAAGGGCUCCCCGCACCGCCGGAGCACCCGUAGCCGAGGAGCCAGCGAGACCCUCCGCAGGGACUUUAACCGUUCCAGCAUCUAUCGCUCGCAAUCCCCGCGGUCCACCUCACGCAGCCUUAAUCGCACCUCCACCGGCCCGCAGGCUCAGCGGCUAGGCGGCUCCCGGGAUGCAGGCGAGUACAAAAACUCCCUCACGGCACGCCAGCUCCUGGAAAAGAUUCAGUCAAAAAAGAAUUCAGAAGAUCCUGUCGCAGGAAUGAAAUCUGGUUUAAAGAUCAAGGACCCACCGCAGGGAUACUUUGGUCCGAAACUACCCCCAUCGACCAAAAGCAUGCUGCCGCUUUUUGGUAAACUUCAAGCAGGGAAGAAAGCUCCCGUGACCCCCGUGACCAGAACGGAUGAGGGUGACAAAUCUGGAGCAGGGAAGACCACAGAGGCUGACGGAGAAGUUAUCCUAGUGGAGCCCAUAAGGGAGUUCCCUCCCCCGCCUCCGCCUACAGUUCCGCCAGUGCAGAAAGUCGAGGAAACUCCACUCAAGGUUACGGUAGAGGAGGAGACGCAACACCUGACCGCAGAUGCUCAGGUGCUACAAGAACCCAGGCUGCUGUAUGAGCAGGACUCCUCCAUGAUGAUACCACAGUACCAAGGGGAACUGGGGCAGGAGCCCUCGCAGAACCCCAUGAUGGAGACCCUCAUGCCUGACAUGCAACAGCAGCAGCCCCCGAUGCAUGGCUACCCCAUUUACCCGCCGGCCGGCCUGGAGGAGGAUGGCCUGGAGGCGGAGGACGAUGGCCUGGCUCCCCUGGAGAGUCAGCCCAUCACGUUCACGCCGGAGGAGAUGGAGAAGUACAGCAAGCUGCAGCAGGCGGCGCAGCAGCACAUCCAGCAGCAGCUGCUGGCCAAGCAGGUCAAGAGCUUCCCGUCGGCCGCCGUAGCCGCCGUGGCCGCCGCUGCCAACCUGGCGCCGGCGCCGCCCCCGCCUGCCCUGCAGCAGAUCCACAUCCAGCAGCCUGCCGUGUCAGUGGCGUCAGGCGCGUCCAUCGCCACCGUGCAGCAUGCCAUCCUGCAGCACCACGCUGCCACCGCAGCCGCCAUGGGCAUCCACCCGGCGCAUCACCCACACCCUGCCCAUGCUCAGCUGGCCCAGGUCCAUCACAUACCCCAGCACCACCUCACCCCCAUAUCCUUAUCCCACCUGGGCCCCACCCUUGGACACUCGCUGGGACACGCUGGGCUAAUCCCCGCCCACCACACCGCCUUCCUCUCCGGGCAGCCCAUACACAUCAUCCCUGCUUCAGCGCUCCACCACACACCCUUGGCACUCCACCACGUGCCCCACGCUGCCCUCUACCCCACGCUCUUCACACCCAGGCCGUCACAGGCGGCGGCGGCGGCGGCAGCGGCGGCUCUCCAGCUCCACCCGCUCCUCCACCCCAUCUUCUCAGGGCAGGACCUCCAGCAUCCGCCUAACCACGGCUCUUGAGCAGGUGAGAAGUCCGACUGGACACUUGUUCCUCUCUUUUGGAACUUUUUUUUCCCCAGAUAAUUAAAAAAAAAAAAAAAAAAAAAGAAAAAAAAAAAGACUUUCUCCAGACACUGGUUUGUUUUUUCCGCGGUGUACGUAAACAGGAUCAAUUACUCUUUCGGUUUUUUCUUCUUUUUACCACUGGACAUUUUUUGUGCUAAUUUUACUCAUGUUCUUCUACAGCCAGUGACAAACAAAAUGGCUGAAGCCAUAACAAAAAUUAUGAAAUGAAGAUAAUAAUACAGGGGUGGGGAACCAUAUACAGCCCAUAUGACAUUUAAGGAGUAUGUUACAGGAAAAAGGUACCCCACCCCUGCUCUAAUAUGACUACUUUUACUUCCCUGCAGUAACGUGUACAUAUAUCAGUGUGCAAUGUGAAGAAGAAUUGGUGGCCCGGAUCAUCACGGCAUAUAGUUGCAUAACGAUAACUCACUCCCCCCGCCUCCUCUCUAAUUUGUGACAUUUCUUGCACUGAAAUCUUGUUCAAGAUUGUAGUAUACUGCAAUAAUUUGUUUUUUCUGUUUUUAAAUUAUUUUCCAAGAUGCUCUUUUCCAAGAAGGGUGUUUUUUUUUUUGUUGUUGCUUUUUUUUUGUAAAUAAAGCUGCUGUAGAUUAACCUUGACAUUAUAGCAGUCAUUAUUGGUCAACGAAGUUGGUCACCUCCUUCGACGGUAAAAUGUGUAAACUGUACCUACUCUGUAUUUUUCUUUAGAAACUUACUGUUUCAGCCAAUAAACCCUUGAGUUCA